CCGAAUUCUAGUGAAGUGGAAGCGAAGAAACGAAGCUUCCAAUCGUCAUGUGAUAUAUGCCAAUCCUAGUAAUUAAAUCCUACUUGUAACCAACCCAUCUCAUUGUUCACUCUCUCUCUCUCUCUCUCUAUCUAAUUAAAAGGCAACCUUGUGUGUUGUUUCAAACUCCUUCCCUUUGAAACUAACACCAUUUUCUGAGAGUAAAAGCAACAUAAACAUGAAUAAGAAUAAGAAAGAUGGUGUCAUGCUGGUCACAAAGGCAGAGAUAGACACAAGAGCGCCUUUCCGGUCCGUCAAAGAGGCUGUCUCAUUAUUCGGUGAGAAAGUUCUAGCUGGAGAAGUCUAUGCAACUGCAAGCAAGCUCAAACAGAUGCACAGUGGAUCAAAUGGAAAAGGCCUUGAGUCUUCGAGAAUCGAAAAUGUUGCAGCUGAGUUAGAGGAGACACGAGAAAACCUGCAAAGGGCUAGGGAGGAAAGCAUGUUAAUGGCGCAUUGCCUGUCUUCUCUCCAAGAUGAGCUUGAACGUACAAAGCAAGAGCUCCAACAAUUGAAGCAACGGGAAACCGAGAAACAUCCAGUGGAAUCGGAGAUCGAAGAUGUUAAGUUUGUUGAGAAUUUAACAACGUUUGAAGUCAAAAGUUCUAGAUUCGAUGAAGAAAAGAUGGAGUUCCAAAAGAAAAGGUACGUGACGUUCGCGAAUCCGCCCUCUGUAACUCAUGUAAUGAUACCACAGGGACAGGGGGUUGAAAAGUUGGAAAGGCACCCUUCUCUCAGGAAGAAGAAGAAGAUGUCAUUGAUUCCACUGAUUGGAGGUCUUUUUUCUAGGAAAAAGGGAAGCCAAGAAGUUCCAUGACUCUAUUUGAAUCCUAUAAAAGUACCAGAAUAAUUUCAAACAACUGCAUUUUGUUUACAAGUUUCCUUUUAUUUUUCAACAAAUACAUUUUCAUGUCCUCUGUAUCAGACAAUGGCAAG